GGCGGAACCAAAGAGCUUAAGAGCCGCUCUCAAGACACAGCCUGUAGAGACGAAACAGCUAGGCUAAAGACCAUGUAGAUUGCUUUCUAGCCUUGCCGCUUUAUAAACACUCGUGAUGCGCCGGGAGUAGGUCUUCUUGCACAUUAUUCUUGAUCCUGAUCUCUAGCACAUUUUCACCAUGUCGGACAAGCAACCACUCAUCACUCACCUCUACACAGCCGACCCUUCGGCUCACGCCUUCAAUGGCAAGAUCUACAUCUAUCCGUCACACGAUCGCGAGACGGACAUCCAGGACAACGACAAUGGCGAUCAAUACGACAUGAACGACUAUCACGUCUUCUCGCUAGACUCCAUCAGCGGCCCCGUCACAGAUCACGGCGUUGUACUCAAGCAAGAGGAUGUUCCAUGGGUCUCCAAGCAGCUGUGGGCACCUGACGCCGCGACCAAGGAUGGCAAGUACUACCUCUACUUCCCUGCACGCGACAAGGAGGGUAUCUUCCGUUGUGGUGUCGCCGUCUCAGACAAGCCUGAGGGCCCCUUCGCCCCUCAGCCAGACUACAUCAAGGGUAGCUACAGCAUCGACCCUGCUUGCUUCGUUGAUACCGAUGGCUCAGCCUACCUCUACUUCGGCGGUCUCUGGGGCGGUCAAUUACAGUGCUGGCAAAAGGAGGGACACUUUGACAAUGCUUGGAGCGGCCCACAAGAGCUGACUGGCGAAGGCGUCGCUGCUCAAGGCCCUCGGGUAGCAAAGAUGACGGGUGAUAUGCUUGAGUUCGACGAGACUCCUCGCGAGAUCUCGAUAGUCGACGAAGCCGGCAAGCCUAUCCAGGCCGACGACCACAAGAGGAGAUUCUUCGAAGCCGCAUGGAUGCACAAGUACCAGGACAAGUACUACUUCUCAUAUUCGACUGGCGACUCACAUCUCCUGGCAUAUGCCGUGGGCGACAGCCCUUAUGGUCCUUUCACCCAGCGUGGCACCAUCUUGGAGCCAGUCGUUGGCUGGACCACACAUCACUCCAUCGUCGAGUUUGAGAGCAGAUGGUACCUGUUCUACCAUGACUCAUCACUGUCAGGAGGCAAGAACCACUUGCGCUGUGUCAAGGCAAGAGAGAUUUUCUACAACGAAAAUGGUGACAUUCACAUUUAAUUGUUGGCUAAUACUACGAUACCAUUAUUUUAUCCCAUCAUGUCCUGUCCUCCAGCGUGCCUUUCACCGAACAUGUCAUGCGAAUCGCUAUCAGCCGUGGGAACACGGAUCAA